UCACGACAACGCCUGUCGAGAUCGCCCGCCAACCUCAAGAGGAUGUCCGCGAUGACAUAUGCAGUCAAUUUCCCGCCUGUUCCGAGGUAUAUCGUUGUGAAAUCGUCGCUUGCCUAGCAACCAUGAGUUUGACGGCAACGAACGACGACGACCUGGACGACCAACGAGAUCAGCGAGGACGAUCCACCAGAAGAACGUCCAUCAUCAGUACCGACUCUACCGAAGACGACCGGCUUGGCGACAAGGAAGACGACUCAAAGGCAUCACAUCUUCAUCAACAGAAGCCUCAGUACGACCAACGACACGUCGAAUCGAUUACCACCACCACCACCAGCAACCACCCAUCCUCUAUCGCCGACUUCCCCACAAGUCCCUCGAGCACCACCCUCGACUCGCACAUCUCGGCAGGUGCACGUAUAGAGCACGUCCGCUACGGGCACGGAUCUGAAAAGGGAUUCAGCAUCGAGAUCGAACAAGAACCUCUCUCUCCGUCAGACACCAACGACACGAUCGAUCGUUACUACCAGCAACGGCUCUAUCGAGGUCCUUUGGGUAGACAUCAGGCAGAUCUCGGUGACGGCAACGAUCUGAACGGACUCGUAACAGGGACGACGGCAUCGAUCGACAGUCCCAGUACGGCUCAGACGGACGGGUAUCCACUCACCCCCUGGUCCGCCAAAGGUCACGAGGACGAUCACUCCAUCGUCUCGUCCGACUAUUAUCAGGCUAGCAAUCGGUUGACCACGUUGCUGUACGAUCUCAAGAUGGACGAUCUUGACGUCGAAUAUCAUCAGCAACACCAACAGUAUCAACAGCAACCAAGCCAUCAGCAAGUACAGCGAGGUGUAGCCGACGACCGAUUGAGGUAUAGCGUCACGUCGUCGACCGGGACCGACAACUCCAACCCUGCCACCACACCCACUUCGGCCUCUCACGAGUUGUUCCAUACGGCCGCCAUCAAGAUGCACACGAAAGACAUCGAGGCGAUGCAAAAGGCCGCGCAAUCAGGGCUCGCUACCAACCCGCUGGCACCAAACGGAUCGGCUCUGACAAGUUCUCUACCGGGCGGCUCGAACCAGGCUCGCGGACUGAGCUCAUCGGCCUCCAAGGAAAACUUGCGAGCGCCUCUGUCCCUUUCCAACUCUCAUUCGGGUGGUUCGCGACGAGGAAGAGACGUAUCUCCCCCGAGAAAGAGCCCGUUGCACCAGGUGACUGGCUUCGAGGACGCUCAGAGGGAAUGGCAAGAACGGUCAAAUAACGAUCGGGAUCCGGCGACUGGGUUUCCUCUUCCUCCGAGUGCGGCCCAUCCUACUUCGAUGUACGCGCAGAGCCACGGUCAGUCGUUGGCGAGCUAUCGAUCACAAGGUGCCUUGCACCAUCGGUACGAACAGGGUCAAGACGAGGAGACGUUGGGAUCACCGCACGGGUCUAGUCCGGCCUCGCCUUUCAAUCCGAGACCGGGCUUCACCUCGUAUUCGCCUGGACAAUCUGGUCGAGGAUUGAGUGGACACGGUGGACGACAGCCGGGAAUGGGAUCGGGAGGUCGGGUACCGAUCGGAGCCGCAGCUUAUGAGCGCGUCAACAACCCGGGCUCGUCGAACCACUUGCAAUCGCCGCCUGAUAACAGUCAUCUGGGUGGACCCCAUUCGUACUCCCAACCCGAAAUUCAUGACAUGGCCAGGGCCCACGGCGCUGAGGGCCAAGACGUCGAAUCCGGGAGAGAUCGUCGUAAACCUUAUGGAGACGAAGGGCUGGGUCAACAGGGCAAUCGUCCUACUCCCAACGGGAUGAACAAGCCCGUUCUUCAACGAGCGUGGUCGGAUGGACCUGAACAAGUCGGGAACAACCGGCGUGUAGAAGAUCCCAGGGAUCGGAUGCAGGGUUUCAAAGAGGAAGAUGAGCGGUACGAUGCGCAGAACUCUGAUUCGCGAGGGAGACGGGUCGAGAGCGAUCGCGGUGACGUGCGGGGACAUGCGAACAACCAAGCGGAGGACCUCGAAAGACCGUUUGCUACGGCUGCAGAACUGCCGCCAGAUUAUGUCAUUGCGGUCAUUGGCCAAUCUCUGGUUGGCAAGACCACGAUCAUCCGCAAGGCGUUCCGAUCUUGGGGUCUCGUGGAGCCUGCCACGCGAGAAGAUGCGGACCCACGGAGCAAGGUGCAGCACUAUACUGCCAAUGUCGAGACCGGUCAACCUCCUCGUAUGCGAGUCGUACAGAUAUUAGAGGUCGACCUGAGGCUCGUGCAAUUAGGGUCACGCGAGGUCCGAGGCGUACUCAAGCACGAGUGGCCUCAAGGUACGCCUCGUGUCGACGGCGUGAUGAUUUGUUAUGAUGCCAUGGAGAGUUCCUCUGUGGCGGGGUUGGCUGAGGCUAUCCGCGAUCUUUGCCCGGACCUACCAGCCAUGGUUGUAGCUUGCAAAUCGGACCCGGACGAAGACCUGGCCGUCCAACCGCUCGAAGGUAACGAGAUAGGCGCUCCCUUCAAUAUCGGCUUGGUCGAGCUCUCGAUCUACAUGCCUCAGGGCAAGCAUAAGAUGAGGAUGAGCUUUGGAUGGCUGCUUAAAGCCAUCUCCAAGGAACGUCGGGUUGCUCGGCCAAUUCAGCCGCACUCUGAGCCUGCCAACGAGAAUCGGGCCCGGUCGAACCCGGGUCUUCACGCCAACAACACUGACAGCGAGCAAUCCCACGAGUGGCAUCAUUCGGUAGAACGAACGCCCUUGUCGGACGCACCUGCCGAAUCAGAUCUGGUCAUCAGACGGACUCAGUCACAGGGCGCCGUUCGAAUGAUGCAGAAUGGCUCGAUAUCGUCGCGCUUGCGAGAGCAGCCGCCGGAGAACACCCAAGGAGAGUCCGUGCAAGGAGAGACGCUUGUGAAUGAUCUGCCGCACAAAACUUUGCAGGUGCCACAAUCAACUGCGGGAGAGACCGACCAGGCAGCAUCCUCCGGCGCUCCGGUCAUCCCUACAAGACGCGAGAAACCACCCCCGAUCACGGUCGUUACUAAUGGUCAGGUGGAUCCUCAAAAACCUCCUCAUAGCCCCUCGAACCCCUCGAAAUAUGUCACAUUCGACGAGCUAGCGGAGCAGUUGCUCCGUGCUAUCAUGACAGGCUCAGACAACGCGUUUGUGAAUGCAUUCUUCCUCACUUACCGAAGGUUCGUAGAACCGCCUGCAGUCAUGGACAAGAUCUACAAGCGAUGGUCCGGGGUAGCCAAAGCGCAAGGUAUGACUGCCUCCUCGAAGCAAUGGAGUUACUCCAGAUUACUGCUCGCUGUCGUUGAAUGGGUCCGUGUUUACCCGGGUGACUUUGCGUUCGUUGAUGCGAGAGAACAGUUGAUCACGUUCUACCGGGAAGCCCUGAGUCACGCCUAUCUGGGACACUUGUCGGCCGACCUUGCCGAUUCGAUCGGUAGACUCGAACACAUCCGAGAUCUAGACGAAUCAUGGAGUCUGGCCGCACGUCUCGCAAAGAAGAACUUGAGUGCCUCGGGUCAAGCCAGUGGCAACACCCCCAAUAGUAGCGCUUCACCGUACUCGGGUUUGGAUGACACGACCCUGGAGGCGUUGAAUGCGCCCAAGAACGCCGAUCCUAUACGCGGACCACCCUUGGCACGAGCGCAAUCCACAUUGUCGACUUCGACUAAGGACUCCGCCUCUGCCUAUGCAGUCAUUUCGCCGAGUGAUGCUUCGCAGAUGGGCAGGCCGAGCGUUAGCAGCCCUCCGAUCAGCUUUGGGAACGGUUUCGGCGGCUCCAUGGGGAGCCAAUCCAUGAGCCGGACUGAGACUCGUGCUGGCAGGGGCUCAUCGGAAGGUUCUCGCUCAGUUUCCGAAGUUGAAUCGGAAGGGAGCAGACCUUUUCUGCGGUCCUUGACGCUGUUGGAAGGUCUCUCGGAUCUCGCGGUCGCAGUCGAAUUGAGCAAGGAGGAAUGGCGCCUCUUUUCACAGAUAAGGCCUCGAGACUACUUGCGUCAAGUCAUGGGAGGCGAGCGGCACUCGGCAAUCGGACACUCUGUGGCUCAUUUCAACGACAUCUCGGCUUGGGUGGUCACGCUCGUCCUGGGCCACUCGCGACCAAAAUCUCGUGCCAAGGUGUACGAGCGACUAUGUGCGAUUUGCGUCCAUCUACGUCGUUUGCACAACUAUUCGACCUUGUGCGCAAUCACCGCUGGACUCGACAACUUUGCGGUCCGUCGGCUGGCUGCAACGCGCCAGCUAGUAAGGCCAAUGUACGAGACGGACCUGAGGACCUUUUUGGAGCUCGUCAAUCCUCAGGCCAGUUACAGCGCGUAUCGCGCGGCUCUCAAGCAAGACGGUAUGAUGGGCAACAAGGCGAUCCCCUUCCUUGGUGUGGUUACACAAGACUUGACCAAGGUCCAUGCGGUCAACACGGUCGACAAGGACGAACAGGACGCUAUCCACUGGAAGAAGUACGAGGUGAUUGCCGAUGCCCUUGGUCCGAUCUCUCUAUAUCAAUCAAGGCAGAAUCCUUUUGCCACGCUGCCCGGGUCAAGUGCCGCCAGGCAGAUGAUCAUCGACUGUCCUCGGUUAGACGAAGACGCCAUGUAUGAGCGAAGCAAACACCUCGAACCCGACGCCAAUCACCACAGCGGUUCCUUGCUGAGCAGCAACUUUGGCACACAUUCUCAGCGGGGACUGGGAACAGGUACUCAGAAAUUCCAGCCGCCCGGAGCAUUCACUAACGGUGGCUUCGGGUUCUGAUCACCAUAUUCAGGUGCAUCCUGGUCGAUCGGAGCCGUGCCAGCGACGCCCCCCACCGCUCAUGUUCCGCAAGUCACCACGACCGCAAGGACUGAUACGGCACGGGCGGCAAGCAGACCGAUGCUUCAGACGGGAUUCUUUCCCAUAUAAGUGACUCGAGAGAGCGAGCGUUC